GCCGCUGGCGCCACCCCCAGGAGAGUCGCACCAGCAGGGCUUCCAGCUGAACCUUUCCACUAGGUCGUAUUUUCCUGCGCCACCAGUCAUUUCCCAUGGCAGCCUGCGCCGUUCUGACAGUUGUCCGCUGCUCAAUCGCACACCCUUCCCUUUUCGAUCGCAACGCAAAAUUUCGAAUCCCCUUGAUGCGCUCGUGAACGCAGACGGCGGGGAAAUGCUGUCGCCUCGACCGCGUCCGCCUGCCCCUCAAGAUGCCGAUGCGAAAGUCGACUGUCAUCAUCGCCGUGGUUACGGUCAGCAUCCUCGUUCUCCUGUACACGUCCAGGAUAACGACCUGGUCGGGCUUCGAUGAGCCCUUCUACCACCGCGACCCUCACAAGAGCCACCAGGCACCCCAGGGCGAUCGAGGGGAUAGAAAUUCCAGCCAAUGCGACUGGACGGGUGCCCCUCCUCCAGCCGCGCCGGUGCCCUCCGCCGACCCCGCGUGCGAGGGCUUCCCCGACACGAGCAAGGUGCUGCUGGUCAUGAAGACGGGCGCGUCGGAAGCCUACGCGCGCGUGCCCACGCAGCUGAUGACGAUGCUCCGCUGCCUGCCCGACUUUCUCAUCUUCAGCGACAUGGACCAGAACAUCGGCGGCCACCCGAUCCACGACAGCUUGUCGACUGUAUUGGCCGAGGCGCAGGAGGGCAACUCCGACUUCGACCUGUACCGCCGCCAGAAGUGGUGUCUCGUCGACCAGGAGAACUGCAACAAGCUGGGGAAUCCCGCCCGCGAAGGCUGGAACCUUGACAAGUACAAGAACGUCCACAUCGCCGAGAAGUCGUACGCCAUGCGCCCCGGCUACGACUGGUACCUGUUCGUCGACGCCGACACGUACGUGCUGUGGCCGAACCUGAUGCAGUGGCUGAAGAAACUCGACCCGACCAAGAAGCUGUACCUCGGAAGCGUCACCAUGAUCAACAACUUCAGCUUCGGCCACGGCGGCUCCGGCUAUCUCGUCAGCAAGGCGGCCAUGGAGGACUUCGUGGGCAAGAACAAGGGCGUUGGGAAUCAGUGGGAUGUGCGCGCGAAGGGCGAGUGCUGCGGCGAUUACAUCUUCGCGCUCGCCCUGAAGAACAAGACUGAUGUUGGGGUGCAGCAGAUGUGGCCCACAAUUAACGGCGAGAAGCCGGCGACCCUCCCCUUCGGCCCCUACCAUUGGUGCCACCCGAUCGUGACGAUGCACCACAUGAACGCCGAGGAGAUCAACACCUUCUGGCACUUCGAGCGCCGCAAGCUGCGCGCGCUCGCCGACGCGGGCGUGUCCCGCCCGCUGCUCAUGAAGGACAUCUACGAGGAGUUCCUCGCGCCGCACCUCAACGCGACGCGCGAGGACUGGGAUAACAUGGCCGACCACCGCUUCUACCUGGACAGGGAGGCCCACAAGGGGGACGACUGGAAGCUCGGGCGCAUGAAGAAGGCAGAGGAGUACAACGAGUACGAGAAGAAGGCGCACCUGUCGUUCGAGGCCUGCGGCGCCGCGUGCAAGAGCCUGCCCGACGAGGACUGCUUCCGGUACAGGUACCAGGACGGCGUCUGCAGCAUGGCCGGCUCCUUCAUCAUGGGCAAGCCGGUCAAGCGCGAGGAGGAGGACAGCAAGCGCGUCAUGAGCGGCUGGGACGUGGAGAAGAUCCACGCCUGGAUCGCGAAACAGGACAGCUGCAGCACGAUCCGCUGGCCCGACGUCAAGGUCGACGGUUAGAGGCUCUGGGCGACCGGCACGAGGGCUGAUGGAUGAUGCCUGCUGCCGGGAAGAGCAAGCUGCGGGGCUCCCUGCCCUCGCAUGAUGCUUGCGGCCUGUUGUCCUCAAGGACGAGCAUACUCGCCCGGCCAUUCGGGUAAGUCGCGGCGGUGGCCGACACCAUUUGGAGAGGAAGAAUUGAACUGGUUUGGUCACGGCAUUUGGAUCGCACCACGUGAGCCUCUGUUGGAUACAGCGGCCUUGCCUAGACGGUUGGAUGGUGAUUUUUUGGCGUUUAUGGACACGGAUUUCUGGUUGACAUGCCGCCAACUGGGUAUAGACUGGCGAUCUGGGUGGGAUGUUUGGCCAUCUUGUACCCAGAUAGAGGGGGGGUGUGCUGGGACAGGGUACAUUUUGGGCCUCUCGCAUUGUAUGUACAUGAUCCACGUAAUAGAGCUGGCUUUAUGCUACCAAUGCUCAUCCUUCCGUCCCUUGACCUGAGGGCCCAGCCCGGAUCCGUUGAUUGUUGGUGUUCGGGGAAUUCCAUCGCUACUCCCCUUCACUUUCUCAGGUCCCCAGGGGCAUGCCGCGAAGCUGACGGCGGUGCGACUCAGUGGUUUAGCAAGCUUAAUCCUUCCGUCC